CAGUUGUUAUCCCCAAAAAUUGAUCUUUUGGCAUCUAUUGGGGCACGAUGGAUGCAAAUGCAGCGUCUGCAGUGAAACUAAAAUGCAGAACAUGCUUGGGAGAGUUCGAAGAGGUGACAAUGAGUGCUUUGUUUGAAGCAGACGAGGCGGAUGUGGAUGCAGAGGACGCCGGGAAUGAAGAUCUCAGUGAAAAGUUUCAGUUCUGUUGCGGGAUAAAGAUUCGCAACUCUCAUCGGCUGCCAUCGAAGGUGUGCAGCAAGUGCCGUGAAUUCGUUCACAUGUGGUUUAGAUUUCGCACAAUGGUUCUUAAUUCGCAAGUUUAUUUGGAGACAUGCUUCUCGGAUGGCGAGCAGGCCGAGGAUUUCAAGCAAGUCAGCAAUAGCGAGUUUAUGAAACACAUGUACCAGAACCUUCAAGUCAAUUGUGGCCUUGAAAAUCAGUACCAGGAUGACAGCCCCCAGGAAGAAUUGGACGAUAUAACUGCGCAGUAUCAAGAGAUUCUCGACGGUGUCAACUAUGUCACUGAUAAUGAAGAGCUUGUGGCCAAUGAGCCAGUCACCGAUGCCGACGACCAUCCGAAGGAACAAGCUGAGGAAAUUAUGGUUGUAAACGUUCAACCAUUUGAUCAAGAUCUAGUUGCGGAUGAAACCAUCAAGCCCGUCGACGAUGGUCAAAUAGUCGAGGACUCUCCCAUAGUGAAUGAGGACUACUGCGAUGUUGAUGAUUUUGAUGACAGUAAUAUAGACUUUCUGUCGCCAACACCAUCGCCAGAACCGAAGCCCAGCACUGCCCAGAACAAACGCCGGCCAGGUAGGCCCCGCAAGCCAGACAAUGAACUAAAAUGCAAGCGCAAGAAUACAAAUCCUGGGGAACCAGAAACAGAGUUUAAACGCUUGCCUACGAAAUUCAUAUGUAGCCUGUGUGGCAACGUAUAUCAUAAAAAGUCUAUCUUUACCUCACACAUGAUGGCCCAUGCCGACUACAAGCCCCACCAGUGCGAAAUAUGUGACAAAUCGUUCCGCCAAAUGGGAGAGCUACGGGCCCACAUUCGUCGUCACACGGGCGAACGACCGUACAAGUGUAUGUAUUGCGAGCGUCACUUUUACGACCGCAGCGAAAGGGUGCGCCAUGAGCGAGUCCAUACCAACACUCGACCUUACGAGUGCAAGGAGUGCGGCAAGGCCUUUACGCACCCAGCCAUCCUCAAGAACCACAGUCUGGUGCAUUCCGGCGAAAAGAACUACAAUUGCGCAGUAUGCUCUAAGUCCUUUACCCUGAUGCACCAGUUGAAGGCCCAUCAGCAGACGAUAAUCCACAGAAACAUGGAGGAACAGGCAAUGGCUAAUUCCACGGACUACACGGACUAGCUUAAGCUCUAGGAUACUUUGCUUUUUUUAAGACAAACUAUUUUUAAGAGUGCAAUAUAA